AUGGCGUCUCAAACCCAGUCAGACUACCUACUCGCCUCCCAAUCAAAUCCUUCAUCUGCCCAAUUCAUCGAUCAAUUGAUCUCCCACCUCUCAACCUUCACCGUCCCGCCCGUAGACAGUAACCAUGACCACCGGCAUCAACCACCAGUCAGACAUCACCGCACACCCUUCUCUACUCUGCCUCCAUCCCAAAUAGCAGAAGUGAAGGCAGCAAUGCUAACACUCCACUGUAUAUUUCCAAAUGAGCUCCUCCUCGCUCUGGACAUCCUAGACAGAGGUCUAGUGCACCGGUUCAUAUGCAACGACACCAACACCAGCAGCAGCCAAUCAACACAUCCUACAAACGCUCAACAUCGUCCUUCAACAACAAAUGCUACUACCAAAGAUAUACCUGAUGUCUUCUAUGUCCGCUCAGCAUCUACCAUCUCUCCCGAUCAACAGGACCCAUUCUCAACCACACCAUAUCACACCAAAGAACCAGACCCAAAAGGCUACGAAGUCCGGCUAAAGGCCUGGAACUGCACUUGUCCUACUUUUACCCUGAAUGCAUUCCGAGACCCGGGACUUGAUGACGACGAAGAGGUGGUCUCCUCCUCCUCCUCCUCCUCCUCCACCACUGAUCAGCAUGACCCUUCCUUAACAAAGGACGACUACUAUCCAUUCGGGGGCUCAUUAACCCGGAACUCAACUCGCUCCUCUCCUCCCGUGUGCAAGCAUCUUCUGGCCUGUUGCCUGGCCGUGCGGUGUCCGGGUCUCUUUGGGAGCGGAGAAGAGGGAUCUGUUUCUGUUGUCAGUGUGGAGGAAUUGGCGGGCCAGUGGGAUGAUCGUCUGUUGGAUACGUGCCGGUCUACAGAGACUACUACUAUUGUGCCGUCUGUGAGCGGCUCCGAAUAG